UAACGAUAACACAGAUCGCACAUAUCCACAAUAAGUUGUCCAUCUUCUACUCUCUAAGUGGAGCUGCAGAUGCCAUUGCGAGUCGGAUACGUUCGAGAACACUUCUGCUCCCCUUUGCUUCAGUACGAAGCCGAUGACAAAGGCAAGACAUUCACUCUUGUUGAGUGCCCGAGCGGAACAGGGCAGCUCAUAUCCCGUCUGACCAACGAUGAGAUCGACGUUGCGAUCGCCCUCACCGAUGCUCUGAUAGCCGGGAUAGCGAAAGGUUCGCAAGCUUAUAAGCUCGUCGGAAGCUACGUGACCUCCCCAUUAAAAUGGGCAGUCAUCACUGGCUUCGAUUCACCUUACAAGCAGAUCUCUGAUCUCCGGGGUACUACACUCGGCGUAUCGAGGUACGGCAGCGGGAGUCAUACGAUGGCAUACGUGAUGGCUCUGCAACAAGGAUGGGCGACUGACCAGCUCAAAUUCGGAGUGAAUAUUGACAUCCGUGGUCUGCUCGAUUCGGUAAAUGAUGGAUCCACAAGUGCCUUCAUGUGGGAGUGGUUCACUACAAAACCGUUCGCGGAUGCCAAGGAAUGCCAAUUUAUCGGUGCCGUCCCUACCCCAUGGCCGUCUUGGCUUAUCGCAGCUCACCCUGAGCGAGCCUCGCCAGCAGAACUUACAACAUUCCUGUCUAGCCUCACGUUGUACGUUCGCGAAUUCCAGAAGCCGGAGUCUCGUGCCGGACCUAGCGUCGAGUUUAUUAAGAAGACGUUUGGAUACCCGGAGGAGGACGUAAAGGCGUGGCUGCAAACUGUGGAGUACACAUCCGAUUGUACGCAGAUUCAUUCCGAGGUGUUAAAGCGGACCCUAUCGGUCCUUGAGCAGGCAGGGGCAGUCACGUUGCAAGAGGGUGAGAAAAUCAGCCCAUCCCAAUUCGUCAACAAGGAGGUUGCGACUUUGAUUACCCCUGAAGAUGAGAAAUGUCAAUAACGUCAUAAUCCACGUCAGUCUCAUGAUCAGUCUGCCACUCCACCACCAUGUCGUUAUCUCUGCAGUUGUCAUCAAGUAGCCUAUCAGGAGAACCAGAAAUUAGAGAU